AUGAAUUUCAAUGUGUUCGGACGCUACGGGGACCAGCAGAACUGCAGCCAGGAGGCCAGUGCGUCCAGGAAGAAGGGCUCUCUGUGGUACAGGCGCUCUCUGAAGGGACGCAGCAGACAGACGCAGAACAACCCUGCUUUAACCUGCAAGCCCAAGCAGCCCACAUCUCUGGUGGAUUACUCAGACCCACAAAGAACCACACUUGUACUUGAAAAACCAGACAAUGAAUCAUAUGGAUUUGAAAUUCAGACGUACAUCCUCCCACAGAAGAGCAGCUGUGCAGAGGAGACGUGCACUCUGAUAGGUGCGGUUCAGGAGGACAGUGUUGCCGACAGUGCUGGGCUGACCACAGGAGAUAUCAUCAUAGCAGUAAAUGGCGCUAGCACAGAAGGAAUGAAGCAUCAGCACAUAUCAGACAUAAUCAGAGGGUCCCCUAAUAGACUCAAAAUAGAAACUGUAAGUGGAAAUGCAGUGAAGCAGGUUGAGCUGGAGAAGAAACGGAACCAGCUAAAGCAUUCUCUUUGUGAGAAGUUGUUGGAGCUGCGAGCGCUGAGUUUACAGGAAGAGCGCCUUCAGAGAGGUAAAAGCAAUAGUCUGCAUUCUUCAGCGGACUAUGACAGGAGUACCCUUCCUGGCAGAUGGGGGCGGCGUUUCUCCAGUGACAGCAGCUGCAGAAGCACUGUGACUGAGGACAGUGACCAGGCCAGUGUCUUUGGAGACAUGUACUCACCGAGUCCCCUCAGCGAGACUGAUGAGAACUGCUUCUUCUCCAAAGACUUUUCUUCCCACACGUUUCGCAGCAGCUCCAGUCUGGCCGGCAGUAGCACGUCCUUGUCUCCGGCUUGGGAUGAAGCUAAAGUUUCUUCCAUAUUCGGGACUUUGCCGAGAAAAGGCAGGAGAGCCAGUGUCCGCAAGCACAUCCUCAAGCUGCUCCCAGGUUUUCAUAGCUCUGUGGAGGAAGAAGAGACUGGAAUGAAUGCUCAAAGAUAA